GUAUCAGUUAACAGCCGUAGUUGGUUUCAUUAGUACAGAGAAGCUAAUAAUUUAAAAUGUUCUCAAAGAUUGUAUGUCUACUUGGUGUUGUUGCUGUUGCAACUGCGCAGUAUGGUCAUGACCAAAGUCACGGCCACGCCUUCUCGUCGCAACACAUCUCGCGGCACGAUGGCCCCGCACAAGUUGUGCAUGUCAAGGGUCACGGGCACGAUGGUCAUGGUCACGAAGACCACAUCGACUACUAUGCCCACCCUAAAUACGAGUUCGAGUACAAAGUGAGCGACCCUCACACCGGCGACCACAAGAGUCAGCACGAGUCCCGCGACGGUGACGUCGUCAAGGGAUAUUACUCGCUGCAUCAACCUGACGGUUCCAUCAGGCAUGUCGACUAUCACGGCGACAAGCACUCAGGAUUCCAUGCCACCGUGAAGCACAGCACCCACCACAUUGCCCCUGAAAAGCACCAUCAGUAAAGUGUCCAUAUUCUAACGACAAACAAUCUGUGAUCUUGUUUUAUAAUUGUUUUUAUGUUUUUAUACAAUAAACAAUAUUUUUAAUGAA